AUGGAAGCCAACCACAAGGCUACAAAGGGUUAUCUAGCUCUUAAUGACCAGGAUCCAUUACCCAACCUUUUUAUCCCUUCCAUGGAUAUGUUAAUCUGGAAUUGCAGGGGAGCCGGUAACCAGAGGCUCAAAAGAACAAUGAGAAAACUAGUUCAAAUUCACAAGCCAGAUAUACUCAUUCUUAUGAAGACUAAAGUAGAGUUUAAGUCUAUGGGGAUGCUUUUUAACUGCAUUGGCUUCACAGCAUCUGCCCAUGUGGAUCCAACUGGGCGAAGUGGAGGCAUUUGGAUGCUUCGGAAUCCAAAUGUGGUCACUGUUCGAGUUGUGGAGGCCAGCUCCCAGUUGAUUACAGCUACAAUUUCUAGGCAAGACUUCCCAGACUGGCUACUUUCAGCAGUGUAUGCAAGCCCAAACCACUGUAAGUGGGAUGAAUUUUGGGAGCACCUAGAAGUUCUUUCGCGUAACAUGACAGAGUUGUGGCUUGUUGUUGGAGAUUUUAACGAUUUAUCAACCACUCAAGAAAAAAGAAGUUUCAACGGAAACCAUCAUCUCAAUCAGAGCCAAGACCAAAGAAGGAGUAAGAAGUUCAAUAACAAAAUGCACCACUGCAAUCUUAUGGACUUGGGAUGCUCAGGGCCUAGAUUGACUUGA